GGUAUUUUUAAAAAUAGAAAAAAUACUUGAGAAAAUUUAAAAAAAAAACCGAAAUUUUUCUAAAAUAUUAAUAUUUUUACUGCAUAUUAUCUUUGGUAUUUUAUAAUACAAAAUUAUUUACAGAAUGCAAAUGGGAAUAAUUGAGGGAAGUUAUUUAAUUUUAAAAAACGUUAUUUAAUUUGAAGUUUGACAUUACGUGAAUAAUCGUAAAAAAUAACCUUUCUAGAAGAAGAAAAUCUAUUUUUUAUCCAAAAGGUGAUGACGUUCCCACGGUUGCAUGUUGCGCAUCCCUUGUAUCAAGAGAGACCCAAACAAUGUAAGUGAACGUUCUCGUACAUACCGGGUGUUUGAAAUAAUUUAAUCAUAUACAUAAUUAAAUUAUAAGAAUCAUAGUAUCUAUAAUUCUCAUUUAUCAUAUUUUGUACAUAAUAAAGACUAAAUCAUGCGAAUUUCUAAUUUCAUUUUCCCUAUUAAUGUUGUCUAGAUUUUCUUUCUUAUUUACAUAAAGAUAGGAACAAUAUAGAUAAAAAUUCUUGUGUAUAUAGGGUGAUUAAAACAAUUCAAUUAUUGUAUAUGUAAUUACAUAAAAGGCAAAAUUUGUUUGAAAAUAUUGUUUCAAUUAUUGAAAAUUAUACCAAAUACUUUUGUAUCGAAAAGAAUCGUUUAACAUCGUUAACACCUUGUAUAAGCCGUAUAUAAAGAUGAGCUGGAUGCUGAUGUUCUAUUCUUUGAAGGACCGCCGUGAAAGUUUUAGUAGACCUUAAAAUUUCGUUUAAGUUUUAUUCAUAAGUGCAUACACAUGUACAAAUAUUUGCGAAUAUUUGAGAAGACUCUAUGUGUAUGUAAUUAAUUAAUUAUCAAGAAUAUUUCUUUCUUCGAAAAAAGAAAAAUGUGAUUUAUUGAUAAUCUUUAAUGGGAAAACAAGAAGAAAUCUAAGAAGUAUAUCUCUGGUGCAAAUUUUAUUACACAACGUUGAUUUUAUAGUUCUCUAAACAUGCAGUCGCAGUUUUCGAAAAGUGUUACCGACAAGAUCGUGAUUUUGUGUUGUUUUCUGAAGCUGAUCAUUGCUGGUGUUCUACAACAAAGAUUUCCUUGCGCGCCAAUCGAUGCAAUCUCCGCGAGUGGGGCAGCAGUGCCAGUGGCGUGCGCCCUUAAAUCAAUCGGAGGUAAAGUAGAACCAAUACUUCCGACUUAUGUGAAAGUUUCCACUCCGAUCUCGUACAGACCAUUGCCGAAGACGUCAUCGUUGGUGUACGUUGCGCCACCGAUUUUUAAAACGGCGUCUGCCGUUGUGGCGACCGAUACAAAAAAUGAAAAAGAAGCAGAAUUCACGGCUCAUCCAAGAUACUCGUUUAAUUAUGGCGUCCUGGACGGAUAUACCGGCGAUUCUAAGUCAGCGUGGGAAGAGAGGGACGGUGAUACGGUAAAGGGUGAAUAUUCUGUGGUAGAAGCGGAUGGUUCAAUUCGAACAGUCACUUACACGGCUGAUGACCAUAAUGGCUUCAACGCAGUCGUAACCAGAAACGAACCCCCGAAGAACGUGAAAAAAGAUAGUAAUUUGAAAGCAUUUUUACCGGUAACUGUUAUUUCCAAUCCUCAUUAAAGGUAAAUUGAACGUUCUGCGAAUAGGAAUUUGUAUCUAGUUUUUA